AAAUUUGAUUGGAAAAAUUUUUUUUUCUUCUAGCUACAUGCUGUGGCAUCAUGUAUGUUAAGCUCCGCUCCGGCAAGGUCAACAAAGGGAACAUCGUGUGUGAAAUUUAAAUUUUUAUUUGCUAUUUCAUCGAGAUAUUAUGGCUAAUGUAAUAAAAAAUUGUCUGUUUAAAAAACAGCUUUGUGGUCAACUGAAGAGUUUAUGUACCUUACAAUCUGUAAGGAAUCAGUCUAAUGUUCGAACUGUCACUCUUAUUCCCGGAGAUGGAAUCGGACCUGAAAUAUCUGUAGCUGUUCAAAAAAUAUUUGAGGCUGCUCAAGUGCCAAUCAGUUGGGAAGUUGAAGAUGUAACUCCAGUUAAAGGUCCUGAUGGAAAAAUGGGAAUACCUCAGAGGGCUAUAGAUUCCAUUAAUAAGAAUACCAUAGGCUUGAAAGGACCAUUAGCUACACCCAUAGGAAAAGGCCACCGAUCUCUAAAUUUAGCUAUAAGACAGGCUUUUCAUCUUUAUGCUAAUGUUCGACCCUGUCGUUCUAUUGAUGGUGUAGAAACUCUUUACAAAGAUGUUGAUGUUGUUACUAUUAGAGAAAACACGGAAGGUGAAUACAGUGGAAUUGAACAUGAGAUUGUACCUGGUGUUGUUCAAAGUAUUAAACUAAUUACAGAAAAUGCAUCUCAUCGAGUUGCAGAAUAUGCCUUUGAAUAUGCAAAGCAGAACAACCGAAAGACAAUUACUGCUGUGCACAAGGCAAAUAUUAUGAGAAUGUCUGAUGGCUUAUUUCUUCAGUGUUGCCGACAAGUUGCUGAGCAACAUCCAGAUAUUAAAUAUGAAGAAGUGUACCUCGAUACAGUUUGCCUUAAUAUGGUGCAAGAUCCAGCAAAAUUUGACGUCCUUGUCAUGCCUAAUUUGUAUGGUGAUAUUCUAAGUGAUUUGUGUGCUGGUCUUAUUGGUGGCCUUGGUGUGACACCCAGUGGAAAUAUUGGCAAGGGUGGUGCAGUUUUUGAAUCAGUUCACGGAACAGCUCCAGACAUUGCUGGACAAGAUAAGGCUAAUCCUACUGCAUUACUUUUAAGUGCAGUAAUGAUGCUUCGAUAUAUGAACUUAACUAGCCACGCUGAUAAAAUCGAGAAAGCCUGCUUUGAAACAAUUAAAGGAGGAAAGGUAAGGACAGCCGACUUGGGUGGACGUGCAAAGUGUUCAGAGUUCACAGAAGAAAUUUGCAACAGGGUGACUGCUUUAUAAGUUAACAUUAGUAGCGAUAUUGUGAAGUUGUUUUCAAAACAUUAAGAAGUUUUCGAAAAGAAAUCUUAAAGUUGUUGGUCUACUGAGCUUAGUUUAGGAAAUAACUGUUAUUUAGUCCACUGAGGAAUUCACGUAGAAAUAGUUUAUAUGAGAAUCUGAACAAUCUUACUUGUUUUCUUAAACAUUAUCUUGCCAGAAUCAUUAUCCACUGUUGGUUUAAUCACAUAUUUUUGUUAUAUCUGUCUUUAUCUUUAAAAAAAUUUCUAAACAUUCUAAUGCAGUUUCAUUGCAAAUUAUAGUUAAUCAAAAUUUGAAAUGAACGUUUUCAUUUCUUCAAAAAUGAAUAUUGUGCAUUUUGAGCUUAGUGAUUAAAAAAUAAUUACAUAUUUUUAUGGUUUAUUUGAAUUCAGGAAUCAGUUGUGUAAGCUGAUUUAAAUUAAAAACAUUUUAAUGAUCAAAAUUGAAAAUAGCUUUUAGGUGCAUUUUUUAAAAACUUUUUUACUGACCUUAUUAGUUUGAAAAUAAUUCAUUGUUCUAAAGAGAAGUAAGUUUCUUUAGAUAUUUAUUGUAUUUGCCUUUUUUUCUAGUUUACUUGUUUAUUUAUUCUAUUAUUUUUAAAUUCUUGUAUGCUUUAGGUACCUAGUCAUUUUGUCUGCUUGUUUUGUGGGAAUUUAGGUUUUAUUAAACUGACUUUAAGGUCUGAUGUAUGAAUGUAGAUAAUUAGGAAACCGAAAUUUUUUGAAUAUAAUCAGAUAAUCUUAAGGUUGGCAUGUUGUUUAUUAAGUUAUUUGAGAAUUGUGAUAUCCCACUUACUAGUCGGAUGUGAUGACUUGAUUUAUUUUAUUACAUUAUAAUUUUUAUAAAAACUUGUUCAAAUUUUUGAUUGUAAUCAUUGCAUUAUUUAAUUGCUCCGACUCAAUAAACCAGCUCUUUUUCUUGUAUUAUUUCUUUGGUAUUUCGUUUAUGUAAAAAAUUUGCAAAGAAUUUUUUUUUUACCUUCUAUAUCAUGCAUGUUUUAAUACUUAAAAAGUUCAUUUGUUAUCUUCCCACUUAUAGCAGUCGUGUUCAAAAAUUUGUGUUUUAUGUAAAUUUUAUAAUUAGAUUCUAAUGUCAGAUAUGAAUUUGUGAAUCACUAAACAAAUUAAGUUUUUUUCUAAAACCAAAUAUUGAUUAUGACAUUUUUAUAACUGCUUAUAAAUUGAUUUCCUUGAGUGAAAAAAACAUUGUAGUGUUUUAAAAAAUGUUUUUUUUUUCACAUGAUCAUCUUAAAUUUAUUUGUAAAUAAAUAGGUUGGUUGUCAUUCAUUUUCUGUGUUAUUUGAAAUUUACUCCUAUUUAUGAAUGUUUCAGAUACGCAUAAUUAAAUAAACUUUUUCAUUCUACA